AUGUCUGCAGGCCGUAGCUCGCCGGCUCCUUCGUAUCACUCACAGAACGACACUGGAGGCUUCGCUGCCUUUCGUUCGCGCAACGCCCGUUCACGGUUCAGCCGCUUCGGGCAGAACAACGCCCGUGAUUCAGAAGAGCAGCAAGGGCUGUUGCAAGACAGUAGUGAUGAAGGUGUGGGGCGAACAGGCAGCUCGAAACGUCCGAGUUUGACCCCAAGGCAGUCAGAGGACCAUCGCCGACCUAAUGGUAUCUCGGGAGACUCGGACGGCUUACCACCACCAUCAACAACCGUAGUGCAAAUAGGGUCUCGCAGAGCUGGCUUCAUCGCAUCACUUUUCUCAACAAGAGAACGAACACCACGCGACCUUAGCAGGACAAUACGGUUAUGUGACUCGGAUCGUGUCAAAGCAAAGUAUGCGGCCAACGUCGUGCGCAACCAAAAGUACAACGUUGUCACCUUCCUACCUAAGGUGCUCUACGAGCAGUUCAAGUUCUUCUUCAACCUCUAUUUUCUUCUGGUCGCAUUAAGUCAAUUCAUUCCAGCACUCAAGAUCGGCUUCAUUGCCACAUAUGUUGCGCCUCUGGCUUUCGUCCUCACCAUCACCAUCGGCAAAGAAGCCAUUGACGACUGGGCAAGAUGCAAGAGGGAUCUCGAAAGCAACAGUGCACCAUUCAAACUGCUAGUGCCGAAUGAUUCUGCUAUCGCCAAGUCUCAAGCACGUUUGGCUCGCAAAGCUAGCUCUAACAAGCCUCUAUCGCUCGGCAGUGACCUCGGGCAGUCGAGAGUGGUUCAGGUGCCAAGUAGCAGGAUCCGGGUGGGCGAUCUUGUUGUCCUUGACAAGAAUCAGCGUGUUCCAGCUGACAUGGUUCUGCUGCAAACUUUCUCGAAUGAUACUGCCGUCGAAAUCGGAAGCGGCUCCAUUGCGCCCACACCAAUGAAUGACGACACACAGUUCAUUCUGGGAGACGAUGAAGACGACAUGGAAGCUGGCUCGAAGUCACAUGCCAAAACAGAUGCCAGCUCAUCGAAGCCAAGCAACUCGACAGGCGAAGCAGACUCUGCUUCUCAGGGUUCGAAUGGAAGCUGUUUCAUUCGCACAGAUCAGCUUGAUGGAGAGACGGAUUGGAAGCUGCGUUUGGCAGUCGAGUUCACCCAAAGGAUGCCUACUGACGAGCUCGCGGUUCUUGGAGACCGGGCUGUAGUCUUUGCCGGUCCACCCAUCAAGGACAUUCACUCCUUCCUCGGCAAUUUGACGUUGCACCCUCCACCAGACGACGGGUCUGUCACACCUCAACCUACCCUGCAUCGCUCCGUUCCCACUUCCGGCGACCUAUUGGGCUCUAGCGACGCUGCUGCUCAGCCUCGCAGCUCAUCAGAUUCACACACUGCCGACACAGUCAUUGCGAUGAGUCAACAACCUCAAGUGGCUCCCUUGACAGCAGAAAACGUCUUGUGGGCCAACACUGUUCUAGCCGCAGGCACGGCUGUCGGUAUGGUCGUCUACACAGGACGAGAGACGAGAGCGGUUAUGAACACAUCGCAUCCAGGCACAAAGGUCGGUCUGCUGGACCUCGAGAUCAACCGCCUCUCCAAGAUUCUCUGCGGUGUCACUUUUGCACUCUCGCUCGGUCUUGUUGUGCUUAACGGCUUCAAAGGUGAAUGGUGGAUCUACAUUUUCCGCUUCCUCAUCCUUUUCUCAUCCAUCAUCCCUAUCAGUCUUCGUGUCAAUCUCGAUAUGGGGAAGACUGUCUACGCUCGCCAGAUCAUGCAUGAUGACGAGAUCCCUGGCACCAUUGUUCGCACUUCAACAUUGCCAGAAGAGCUCGGCCGCAUCGAAUACCUGCUUUCCGACAAGACAGGCACGCUCACGCAGAACGAGAUGGAGCUCCGCAAAUUGCACAUGGGCACGAUGAGCUAUGGCUGGGACAGCAUGGACGAAGUGGCUUCGCAGUUCGCUACGGCGUUGCAGCAGCUCUAUGGCAAUAUAGCCCAGCUUAGCAGUCCGACGAAGGAAGCCCAGCAACCCCUUUCGCUCACCACAGCAGGCGCCAUGCUUGCUGGUCGUGGACGACGUGACAUGAGCUCUCGUGUCAAGGAUGUCGUGCUUGCACUUGCGCUAUGCCACAAUGUCACACCAGUGGUCGAGGGCGACGGGUCCAUAACAUAUCAAGCCUCUUCGCCUGAUGAAGUGGCUAUCGUCCGAUGGACAGAGUCGGUCGGACUCAGCCUUGUUGCUCGUGACCGCACUUCCGUGUCGCUUCGAACCUCCGAUGGCUCAACGCUGCAUUUCGACAUUCUCGAAGUCUUCCCUUUCACCUCCGAGUCGAAGCGCAUGGGUAUCGUCAUCCGUGAACGUGGCACUGGCGAAAUCACCUUCUACCAGAAGGGUGCCGAUGUCGUCAUGGCCAAGAUCGUAGCUCAAAACGACUGGCUCGAUGAAGAGUGCGGCAACAUGGCUCGCGAAGGCCUACGGACGCUUGUUGUUGGACGUAGAAGGCUGACACAGGACAAUUGGCUGGUUUUCGAACGUGCCUACAAGGCUGCCCGAGUACAGGUCGAGGAUCGUAAUGAGGCCAUGGUAGGGGCCAUCGCAGAGCAUCUCGAGAACAACCUCGAGCUCCUAGGUCUCACCGGUGUGGAAGACAAGUUGCAAGAAGAUGUCAAGAUGACACUCGAGCUCCUCCGGAAUGCUGGCAUCAAAGUAUGGAUGUUGACGGGAGACAAGAUCGAGACUGCGACAUGUAUCGCCAUUUCGUCCAAACUCGUCGCGAGGAACCAGUAUGUCCACCAGGUGGCAAAGUUGCGAACACCUGAUGCGGUGCGAGAUAUGCUCGACUUUCUGCGAUCCAAACUUGACUGCUGCCUUGUCAUCGAUGGCGAGUCGUUGCAAGUCUGUCUAGACUCGUUCAAGGACGAGUUCAUCGAGUUGGCAACGCAGCUGACUGCUGUGGUGGCUUGUCGAUGUUCGCCGACACAGAAAGCGGAUGUAGCCCGUCUAAUCCGUACACAUACUCGCAAGAGAGUUUGUUGCAUCGGCGAUGGUGGAAAUGACGUUUCGAUGAUUCAAGCUGCUGAUGUUGGUCUGGGCAUUGUCGGUAAAGAAGGCAAGCAAGCUUCCCUCGCAGCUGACUUCUCCAUCACCCAAUUCAGCUUCCUCACCAAGCUCCUCGUCUGGCAUGGACGUAACUCAUACAAGCGUUCGGCCAAGCUCGCUCAAUUCGUCAUUCACCGUGGUCUGAUCAUCUCGAUCAUUCAAGCUGUCUUCUCGAGCAUCUUCUACUUUGCGCCCAUCGCUCUCUACCAGGGCUGGCUCAUGGUUGGUUACGCCACUGUAUAUACCAUGGCUCCAGUCUUCUCUCUCGUCCUGGACAGAGAUGUCAGCGAAGACCUCGCCCUCCUCUAUCCCGAGCUCUAUAAAGAUCUCACCAAAGGUCGCUCGCUCUCCGCCAAAACCUUCACAACCUGGCUCAUGAUCUCAACCUACCAAGGAGGAGCAAUUAUGAUCCUAUCCCUUCUUCUCUUCGAGAACGAAUUCCUAAACAUCGUUUCGAUCUCCUUCACAGCGUUGGUGGUGAACGAGUUGAUCAUGGUAGCGUUAGAGAUCACAACAUGGCACGUGUAUAUGAUUUUGUCGGAGAUUGUCACGUUGUUCUUCUACUGUGUCAGUAUCGUGUUUUUGCCGGAGUUCUUCGAUUUGGGUUUCGUGCUGUCGUAUAGAUUUCUGUGGAAGACGGCGGUCAUUGUUGCAGUUAGUAGUUUGCCGUUGUAUGUUUGGAAGGAGGUUAGGAACAGGUUGGCUCCUCCGAGUUAUAGUAAGUUGGCGAUGGCUUGA